GCCCUUUCUUGACUUCAACGAGUAAAGAACAAAGAAAUAAGGCGAAUUUCUCUUGACUCUCCAUAUCUCCCUCCUACCACGAUAUAAACUGAGCUCUCGAGCACUCUUUCUUUCCCCCUACUCUUAAGACACGUUAUCAUGCCUGAAGUCGGUCAUUUCUCCGCCUGGAUAACCGUGGAUGGCAUACCUCUCGAAGAAUACGCGAUACAAGUCGAGGAAGAGACUAACACUGUCACCUGUUGGAUCCCAUCAGAAGCGGGCAAGGCGUACAAAGUCCACUGGAAUGACCAUCACUUCCAAUCGCCAACAAGUGGGAGAGUACAUGUGGAUGGUCACAAUUGUGGUGCUUCCAUUAUUUCUGGAGAACUCGCAACUCCGGUGUGUCGGGAAGGGAUGGUUCUAAGUCCUACAUCCGUGGCACCGUACGCUUUCUCUACAAUCCGAACCUCAGAUGACGAUACUCUACUCUCUGUACCUACGAAUCCUGAUAUGGGUUUGAUCAAGAUCACGAUACACAACGUUCAGAUCAUCCAAGACAACAUGCCGUUUUCUGGUGACCAUUCCGUCCCGGCGUUGACAACGUUUCAUGAAAAAACAAAGAAGGGGAUAAGCCACCAAACAAGCUUUCACGAAACGACCAUCGUUCCAAAACGCCGAUUUGCGGGGGUCAACUAUAUAGGUGAACCAGUUGCUGUGUUCCACUUUCGUUACAGACCACUCGCCCUUUUACAGGCGCAGGAUAUUGCUCCUCGUUCGCCUUCCGCUCAACCAUUAUCUGCCUCCCCACCUCGCUCAUCGGAAUCUCGCAAACGGACGAAAAUCGAACUGGAUUCCGACGGUGAACCAAUAGAUGAAAUUGACGAAGACGACAGCGAGGAUGAGGACGCCAAGCAGUUGGCCGAACUCCAGAAACAAAUGGAUACCAUUCGUGCUAAGCAUAAAGACAAAGAACGUCCACGAAAGAAGAUAAAGAGGGAACCGAUAGUGGGCGUGACGGUUGACUUGACGGUGGACGACUGAGGGAAGCAUCCUUAUUCUUGUUUUGUUUCUUGCUUUGUCUAUAAGAUGACCAUUCCUAAUGACUAAUUCGCUAUAUCACGCUCGUCCAAAGUUCGCAA